AUGGGCUGGAGCGGGCUGCUCGCGCUCGUGUGCGUGGCUCUGGCGGGCUUGGCCGCCGACACGCGCGGAAAGACGGUGAAGUAUCAGACUUUCGAGGAGGACGCGCCGGGCACGGUGAUCGGAAACUUGGCCAAGGACGUGUCCUCCUCUCCCUUUUCCCCGGGAGUGUCCAGGAACAAUUUCAGGAUGAUGAAACAGUUCAACUCGUCGUUCGUCCGUCUGAGGGAGAGCGACGGGCAGCUGAGCAUCGGGGAGAGGAUCGACCGGGAGCGCAUCUGCAAACACACCCUGCACUGCCUCAUCGCCUUCGACGUGGUCAGCUUCUCCAAGGAGCAGUUCAAGCUCAUCCACGUCGAGGUGGAGGUCAGGGACAUCAACGACAACUCCCCCGAGUUCCCCCGGAGAGAGUCGAGCCUGGAGAUCUCCGAGAACACGGCGGUGGGCGCGCGCAUCCCGCUGGACUUCGCCGUGGACGAGGACGUCGGGGCCAACUACAUCCAGAGCUACCAGAUCUCCGUCAACAGCCACUUCUCCAUCGACGUGCUCAGCAGGGCCGACGGGGUUAAAUAUGCGGAGCUGGUCCUCAUGAAGGAGCUGGACCGCGAGACGCAAGCCUCCUACGCGCUGGAGCUGGUCGCCAUGGACGGCGGGAACCCGUCCCGGAGCGGGACCACGCGCGUAAACGUCAAAGUCAGAGACUACAACGACAACAGCCCGGUGUUCGACAGGAACAGCUUCUCCGUGGACCUGCCCGAGGACGCGCCGGUGGGCUCCCUGCUGCUGGACCUGAACGCCGAGGACCCGGACGAGGGGCUGAACGGCGAGGUGGUCUACGGGUUCGGGAACCAGGUGCCCCCCGAAAUCCGCCAGCUCUUCCGAGUGGACAGGAAGAGCGGGAGACUGACCCUGGAGAGCCCGGUCGACUUCGAAAGCAAGAACACGUAUGAGUUUGACGUCCAGGCCACCGACCUGGGUCCGAACCCGAGCCCGGCCAUCUGCAAGAUCGUGGUGCAGGUGCAGGACGUGAACGACAACGCGCCGGAGAUCUCCAUCACCCCCAUGACGUCCAUCACGGCCGGGAUCGCCUACAUCACGGAGGCGGCGGCCAGGGAGAGCUUCGUGGCUCUGGUCAGCACCUCGGACAGAGACUCGGGCGCCAACGGGCAGGUGCACUGCACGCUCUACGGGCACGACCACUUCCGGCUGCAGCAGGCGUACGAGGACAGCUUCAUGAUCGUCAGCACGAGCCCGCUGGACCGCGAGAAGAUCCCCGAGUACAACCUGACGGUGGUGGCCGAGGACCUGGGCUCGCCCCCGUUCCGGACCAUCACGCAGUACACCAUCCGGCUGACCGACGAGAACGACAACGCCCCGGUGUUCAGCAAGCCCGUGUACGAGGUGGCCGUGGUGGAGAACAACGCGCCGGGCGCCUACAUCACCACGGUGGUGGCGCGGGACGCGGACCUGGGGUCCAACGGGAAGGUCAGCUACAAGCUGGCGGACACCUACUUGAUGGGCUCCCCGAUCUCCACCUUCGUGUCCCUGGACCCGGCCAGCGGCUCCCUUUACGCGCUGCGCAGCUUCAACUACGAGGUGAUGAAGCAGCUGGAGCUCCGCAUCUCCGCCAGCGACGGCGGCUCCCCGCCGCUGACCGGCGCCGCCACCGUGCACGUGCGCGUGGUGGACCAGAACGACAACGCGCCGGCCAUCACGCAGCCGGCCCUCAACAACGGCUCGGCCGAGGUGCCGCUGCCCCGGGGCGCGCCGGCCGGCUACGUGGUCGCGCGCGUGGAGGCGCGCGACGCGGACGAGGGCGUGAACGCGGAGCUGUCCUACGGGCUGGCCGCCGGCGAGCCCUCGCGGUUCUCGGUCAACAAAGCCACGGGCGAGAUCUACCUCAGCCAGCCGCUGAGCCACGACGUGGACGAGACGCUGAGCGUGACUGUGACCGUGAGCGACAACGGCCGGCCCGCGCGCACCUCCACGGCCACGCUGCACUUCCUCGUCGUCGCGGGCUCCCCGCCGAACAGCGACCGGACCGUGUACCAGCCGGGCGGCGGGGACGAGGCGCGCGCGCACUGGGACCUGUCCGUGGUGAUCAUCGUCGUGCUCGCGGGCAGCUGCACCCUCCUGCUGCUCGCCAUCAUCCUCAUCGCCACCACCUGCAACCGGCACAAGCGCGACAAGAGCGCGGAGGACAGCGACUCGUACGGGGAGAAGGGCACGCUGGAGCGGGGGAGGGGUCACGUGGCGGACAACCCGCUGCUGCCCCUGCACGGGGCCGGUACGGGGGAGGCCUUCGACGGACACUCCGACCUGUGCUCGGCCUCGGAGGACGGCAGCGAGGUGCCGUGCGUGUACGAGUCCGACAACAACAGCAAGCUCCGGGGGACCAAGCACGAGGGAUAUUCAACUCUGCCCGGCUACGGGAACAGCAAGGAGGCCGUGAGGCCCAUCACCAUCUGGAAGGGGAACUCCUACACCACCAUCUCGGCCCGGGACCCGGCCUUCAGCGGCAAAGACAGCGGCAAAGGGGACAGCGACUUCAACGACAGCGACAGUGACGUCAGCGGGGACACGGGCCUGAAGAAAGACGCAGCCCUGGUCCCACCCAUGGGGGGUCAGAACGCUCUGUGGGCGUGCACCAGUGAGUGUAAGGUCCUGGGCCACUCUGACCGCUGCUGGAGCCCCUCGGCGGUCCGGGCCGCCGCCGCCCCCUCCCCGGCCCCCACCAUCUCGUCCUUCAGCAGCCUGCCCAAAACGGCCUCGCUGCCCCGGGACCCCCACCGCCGGGACAACUACUACCAGGCCCACAUCCCCAAAACCACGGGCCUGCAGAGCGUCUACGAGAAGGUGCUGGACCGCGAGUACGACUACGUGCUGGUCACCCCGCCCAGGCCCGUCCGGGUGCAGGAGAUCAGCGACAUCAGCAUCCCCGUGUACACCCCCACCCCCACGCACUGCCCCAACAACGACGCCUAA